UGAAAUUUGGACAACUGAAUCCAGCCAACUAGGAAAGAAAAGAAAAGAAAUCCAAGUACUUUUCUUGUCUAUAAUAAUAAUUUAACUCCAAUGAAAGCCCGAAUGGCGGUUCCAUUUUUCUGAAAAUCUAUUCUUUCUUUUCUGUACUAACUCGUCUCCACACCUUAUAUUAACAUACCCAACCAUAACUCAGAAUUCCUUCAAAACCAAAGCCGCUGACCCCUUUUCACGGCAUCCUCAAGCGCUUCUAACUCACCCCUUUUCCUGUCUUUUAUAUGCUUUUUGUCUCUUGAUCUCAACAUUUGGCUCUAGUUUUUGAAUUUUAGACUCGAUUAUAGAUUUUUUUUUGGGUUCAGAAAUGGGUUCUGAGCUUAUAUAUAGAGGCCAUGAGACUCAUUCUGUGACGGAUUCAUAUCAUCCUAAACCAAUCAAACCAUGGUUCGCCGUGACCCGACCCAUUCGGUACAUGCUCCGGGAGCAGCGUUUGGUAUUUGUGCUGGUCGGCAUUGCUUUAGCCACUCUGUUUUUCACAGUUGUCCCGUCCUAUCGUAACCCUUACAGUCAAAACCACCUUGCGAUCUCUGAUUCGUUGUCUUACCACCCGAUGGAGACGCAUGAGAGAAUUUACAACCCGCAUCGGGGCGGGUUGUUCAAUUCGGGGGGGAAGGUGCCCUUGGGGCUAAAACGAAAGGGUCUUAGAAUUGUUGUUACGGGUGGGGCAGGCUUUGUGGGUUCGCAUCUUGUGGACCGUUUGAUCGCGAGAGGUGACAGUGUUAUCGUGGUUGAUAAUUUCUUCACGGGACGGAAGGAAAACGUGAUGCACCACUUUGGGAACCCAAAUUUCGAGCUCAUCAGACACGACGUCGUCGAGCCUAUCUUGCUGGAGGUUGACCAGAUCUACCAUCUCGCUUGUCCGGCAUCACCUGUUCAUUACAAGUUCAACCCCGUCAAGACUAUCAAGACAAAUGUGGUGGGAACAUUGAAUAUGCUCGGAUUGGCGAAGAGAGUGGGAGCGAGGUUUCUGUUAACCAGCACAAGUGAGGUGUACGGUGAUCCUCUUCAGCAUCCACAGAAGGAGACUUACUGGGGCAACGUCAAUCCUAUCGGUGUCCGAAGUUGUUAUGACGAGGGAAAGCGAACAGCUGAAACAUUGACCAUGGACUACCACAGAGGAGCUGGCGUUGAGGUUAGGAUUGCUAGGAUUUUUAACACUUAUGGCCCUCGUAUGUGUAUUGAUGAUGGACGUGUUGUUAGCAAUUUUGUUGCUCAGGCGUUAAGGAAGGAGCCUCUGACUGUUUAUGGUGAUGGAAAGCAGACAAGGAGUUUCCAAUACGUUUCUGAUUUGGUGGAAGGUCUGAUGCGCUUGAUGGAAGGAGAGCAUGUGGGACCUUUUAAUCUUGGAAACCCCGGCGAAUUCACCAUGCUUGAACUUGCUCAGGUGGUCCAGGAGACAAUUGAUCCCAAUGCUAAGAUAGAGUUCAGGCCCAACACUGAAGAUGAUCCUCACAAGAGGAAGCCUGAUAUCUCUAGGGCUAAAGAACAACUUGGUUGGGAACCUAAGGUGUCCCUGAGGAAGGGUCUUCCUUUAAUGGUGAAAGAUUUUCGUCUACGAAUCUUUGGUGACCAUAAGGAAGGUGAUGCCACCACCACCUCAACCACAACGUUAGCAUCCUAAGUUGCCAUAGGAUUCCCAUAUUUUCAUUUGCUUAAACAAUAUGUUAGCAGCAUCAACAGAAAAUGCAGCCGUAGCAGCAUACGAGGCCUCUUGUCCCCUUGAUAUAGGUUCCAAGUUGCCUUGAUCAGCAUGCGUGUCCCGUCUUCUUUGUGAUUUUUAUGUUACUCCACCUUCAAAGCUUAUAUUUGAAACUGAAAAAAAUAACAUUAUAUCCUUUGUUAUUUUUAUGCAACGUGGCCUUAUAGCGCCAGUAGCAAUACAUUAUUAUUUUACAAUCA